UUUGAGUUCGAAUGCGAAUGGCAGGUGAAAGCGAGGGAAAUAGUUUGCAGUCGUUUUCUCCUAAAAAUGAGAGUAACACAACAAACGAUGUCAAUUUGGAAACGCUCCGAAGAAGAGUGCGAAAAUAUAUCGAAAUGCAUCUCUACCCGUCUGCUAUAUUUUGGGCCGAUAAAGUUGCUUCCUUGUCGAACGAAGAGGCUCAAGAUAUCUUUUGGUUAGCCCAAAGUCUGUAUUAUUGUGGACAAUUUCACAGAGCUGCCAUAUGCAUAAAAUCAAGAAAUUUACAUAAAGUUGAUUUGGAAUGUAGGUACCUAGCUGCAAAAUGCCAUUUUGCAGGAAAAGAAUACAAAGAAGCUCUUGAUGUGUUAAAUGUUAAUGAAUCAAAUGUUUCUGUUAUUUCAAAUAAACCUGCUGAUGGCUUAGAUAUUGAUGCAGAUGAUGAUGUUGCAAGUGCUAUUCUUCUUUUAAAAGGUCAGAUUUAUGAAGCAAUGGAUAAUAGGGGUCUUGCAACAGACUGUUUCAAAGAAGCUCUUCAGCAUGAUGUCUAUUGUUAUGAUGCCUUUGAUUCUAUUGUACAGCAUCAGAUGCUAACAAAAGAAGAAGAAAUAAAUCUUAUGAAAUCUUUACCUUUUGAUGCACAAUGUUCUGAAGAUGAGCCAAACAUAGUCAAAUUUUUAUAUGAAACACAAUUAAAGAAAUAUGAUAAACCCAGUGAUUUGUCCAUACCUCCAGAAAUAUCAAUGUUAGCUGAAAAUCUUGAUGUAGGAACAGCUAUGGCUGAAAGGUGCUACUAUAAUUGUGAAUAUGAAGAGUGUUUCCAAAUUACAACAUCUAUUUUGAAUAAAGAUCCAUUUCAUCUGAAUUGUUUGCCUAUCCAUAUUUCAUGCUUAAUGGAACUUGAGAAAACCAAUGCCCUUUUUUACCUUGCUCAUAAGCUGGUGGAUUUAUAUCCUGAGAGUGCAGUUGCGUGGUAUGCAGUUGGGUGUUACUAUUUACAAAUUACUAAAACAGAUGCUGCCAGAAGAUAUUUAAGUAAAGCUACAACAUUAGAUCGAGUAUAUGGUCCUGCAUGGUUAAUGUAUGGACAUUCCUUUGCUGUAGAAAAUGAACACGAUCAGGCAAUGGCAGCUUAUUGUCGGGCAUCUCAGUUAAUGAAAGGGUGUCAUUUGCCUUUGUUGUAUAUAGGUUUAGAAUAUGGAUUGUCAAACAAUAUAAAGUUGGCAGAACGAUUUUUUGCUCAAGCUCGAAGCAUAGCACCGGAAGAUCCCUUUGUUCUUCAUGAAUUAGGUGUUGUGGCCUAUCAAAAUCAAGAUUACGGAAAUGCCCUGAAUUACUUCCAAGAGUCUUUGAAAAGGAUACAAACUAAUAAACAGGCAGCGCUUCCUGAGAAAUGGGAAGGACUGUUAAAUAAUUUAGGUCAUACCUGUAGAAAAUUAAAGUUAUUUGAUGAAGCUUUGAGUUUUCAUGAACAUGCCCUUAUGCUCAUACCUCAAAAUCCAUCAACAUAUGCUGCAAUAGGUUUUGUAUAUAGCUUAACAGAAAAAUGGGCCAAAGCAGUUGAAUAUUUUCAUAAGGCUUUAGGUCUCCAGAGAGAUGAUGUUUUUUCAAAUACUAUGUUGACAUCUGUGAUAGAGCAAUUAGUUAAAGAAACAUCACCUUGUAUAGAUACACCAGAUGAGCUUCUUGAAUACCCAUUUCCUUCAGAUGUGUCCUCUGAUGUAUGCAAUCCUACUGAAGAGACUAGUGACAUCAUGACUGAAAUAAUAACAGAUGACAUUCAGUCAUUAAGUGAUCACACUCAUCAUACGAACAUAUCUAUGGACAUUGAAAUGGAAGGCGAAUGACAAAUUUAGUUGUGUGUUUUUCAUGUCAUUGUUCUCAUUGUUUCCAUUUUUAUCUCAUUGCCAAAAUAAAUAUUUUCAUUUUUUAA